UUGACAAAUUUAGAUCUGGUCUCAUAAGUUUUAGAGUAUCUGAUUUUGGAUUCAUAGGUCAACAACCCUCUUGAGUAGUAAUGGCCAAGGACAUCAACCUAAGCUCUCUGCUCUUGCUGUUAUGCUUCACCACUCUUACCGAGGCUCUAUGGUUAACCAUCCCCAGCAAGGGAACCAAGUGCAUGUCCGAGGAAAUCCAGACACACGUCGUCGUUUUAGCAGAUUACUAUGUUGUAGCCGAUGAUGUCCAGGGUCACCAACUUCAAACUAUUUCUGCCAAGGUGACAUCCCCUUAUGGAAAUAAUCUUCACCAGAAUGAAAAUGUUACUCACGGUCAGUUUGCAUUUACAACUACCGAAACUGGUAACUACGUGGCAUGCUUUUGGGUGGAUAACAAACAUCAAGAAGGUGGUGGAGAGACCACAAUCAGCCUUGAAUGGAAAACUGGAAUCCAUGCCAAAGAUUGGGACUCCGUAGCAAGAAAAGACAAGAUAGAAGGUGUUGAACUUGAGCUAAGGAAACUUGAAGGGGCUGUGGAAGCCAUCCGGGACAACCUAAUUUAUUUGAAGAAUAGGGAAGCAGAGAUGAGGGAAGUUAGUGAAACAACGAAUGCUAGAGUCGCUUGGUUCAGUAUCUUUUCGCUUGGCAUCUGCAUUUUGGUUUCAGGGUUGCAGCUGUGGUAUCUGAAACGAUUCUUUCGGAAGAAGAAGCUCAUAUAGAUAUUGCUUUCUUAUGAAACCUACCCACACCAAAUUGUUUUCUCAAGUUUUAGAGAUGACUCCAACAUUGUAUAGUUUUUCUUCUUGUGGAUCCUUUCAUGUGUCAUUGGGGUUUGUGGUUUGCCCCUGCAAGGGCUAUGCAGAAAUUGGAGAGUUUGGUUCGUUCCUGGAGGUAAUGGAAUGAUGGUGACUGGUUUUGAUUAUUGAGCAUCUACUAUAUCUAUGAAUUCCUUCGUCAUUAUAUCACUUGGAAAAAGCAUUCACAGUUCAAAAUAUUUGUUGCAAAUUAUUUCCUGUGAAAGGGACUGAUAUGCCCUGUUUUUAAAGAAGGGAUAGACUACAUUAAUUUAGGAAAAUGUUUAACGCUUAUGCUAUUGAUGAGAUGAAACAAUAUAUGUAUAGAGCUGUGGAUUAACCUUAUGUUUGUGCACAAAUGUUUGAUGUAUAAAUUGCACUAAGUUAAAGAUUUUUUUAAUUGUAUGAAAAUAAGUGAACUUUUAUACGAA